UUCUCAGUAGCAUAGUCGCUGUGAAGUGUGGAUAAUAGUUUUGCGAUAUAUAUUGAUUAUCACCGAAUGGCAGUUUUGAGAUAUCACUGUUAUCAUUCAUUUACCACAUCUAAAAUGUGCUGAAAAAAAUUGAAAAUGGGCCUUGAAAGUGCUUCAAAAAAGCUUGAAUUUUACAAGGUGUAUGAACCCUGAAUAUUGCAUUUUGCUAUACAAAAGAAUCCAUUUGAUCAGGGCCCCUGAUGAAAGUUCAGAAGGGUAGGAGUUGUUUAGGUGAGUUCAGAAAGCUCCGGGCUUUGGGACCAGGGGGAGGUCUCCUCCAACAGGUAGUCGGCUCUGAGCGCACACUCACUCUCAGUCAGUCAGUGAGUGAGUGAGUGGGUGGGUGGGUGAGGAGCGCCGUGCCCCCCGAGCCUCAGCGAGGUGUCCGCGGGAAUGAGCCAUGGACUCGGGCAUCAGCUCAGCUCCUCUCGCGCCGUCUCCAGCCUGACUGUCCGCUCGCGCUCCAGCAUGUCCGGCCCGGAUGCUUCUUCCUCCUCCUCAGGCAGAAACCUCGCGCUCUUACUGGGAAUAACGUGUCUGACCAUCUUCACCAAGACUUCAGCUUCAGAGUUCUCAGGUUAUCUAUCACGUGUGUUGAGGAAUUACACGGAAGAAGCGUGUGACGGAGACCUACUGACUGUACGGUGCCCACCCAGGACCACCAUCACUGUCCAAACAGCUUUCUACGGCAGAAGAAACUCCGCCCACUCGCUGCAGUGCCCACCUACUUACGGUAUCAGUGGGCCACGGCCACUGAGUGAUGACACUUCCUGUCAUGUGUCAACAGCACUGCAGAAGAUGUCAGAUGAGUGUCAAGACAGGAGGAGCUGUGAGCUGUUGGUUAACAGUCGCUUGUUUGGGACCGAUCCAUGUCCAUCCAUCAGCAAAUCCCUCACAUUACAGUACAAAUGCAGACCUAAUGAGUAUAAGAGUAAGGUGGUGUGUGAAGAGGAGCGUCUGAGGCUGAGCUGUAAGACCGGGAUGCAGAUUGCUGUGUAUUCAGCCAUGUUUGGACGCACACAGCAAGGAACACUGGAAUGUCCUCCACAUCACCGGAGGGCGCCGUCUGUGGACUGCCAGUCGGAGGUGGCUCUGCAGGUGAUGACGUCACGUUGCCAGGGGAGACGGACGUGUGUGAUCCGAGCCUCUGUUCUGGAGUUUGGAGACCCCUGUUACUCCGGCACCAGAAAAUACCUUAGUGUUAUAUAUACCUGCGUGCCAAAGAAGCUUUUGCAGGAGUCCGAUCAGAGAGUUCCGUUUGCCCCACCCCCCUCGCAACCUCAUGACCCCAAUGUGGUGGGAGACAGCGCACCACCUGACGGGAACCCAUCCCUGACCUCUGACUCUGCAGCAGGGAAGUCAAAGAGAGGGAAGUCGGGUCCUUAUUUGGAGGAAAAGAUUCCUUCUGAAAACGGACUAAGAGAAACUGAAAGAGAUAGAGAAGAGGAAAAUCAAGAGCAAGAGACAUCGUCACCUAGUGACCAGGAUCCUACUGUUAUCACUGUUGCCACGACGUCCAGCACAGAGAUGUCUCUGAUCAGCAACGCUCUCGCAGCUUACACCUACAUUACAGAGCACCCAGAGCGCUGUGCUCUGUAUUUCAUGUGCGGUGUGUGUGCGGGCCUGUUCCUCACACUCUUCGCUCUGGUGGUGCACAUUUCCUGUCGGACGGACUGCAGGCGGAAUCGGACAGUCAGCAAGAAGCGUCCGCGGCCGGUCGAGUCGGACAGCGGCAGCAGCGGCUCGGACUCAGACUGGGACUCAGGCUCAGACCUGUCGGCGCGACGACACAGGCGCUUUGAGCGCACGCUUAACACCAACGUUUUCACCUCCGCCGAGGAGCUGGAGAGAGCACAACGGCUGGAGGAAAGAGAGAGAAUCAUCCGCGAGAUCUGGAUGAAUGGACAGCCGGACAUACCGGGCACACGAAGCCUCAACCGAUACUAUUAACGGACGUAUCUCAGUGGCAUGGAAAUACACACAGUAGGGCUGCAGCUAUUAGUCAAUUAUGCUAAAAUAAGACAAACACAACAAGAUGUGCGGGGAGUGAUAGGGAAAAUUCUAUAAAAUGUUCUAUAGUGGCCAUAUGAUACAUUCAUUCAUUCUGACAGACUGUAGUACACUACAGGAAGUGUAGGGGUGAUAUAGCUUCUCUAAUUUUACUUUAAAAAGCUCCAUUAAGUUGUAUAAAAAUCAUAAAUAUGAUCCACAAGCUCAUUCUGAUCGAUUUAAAUACACCAUUGGAAGCGUUAAGUGCUAUGGUUUCUCUAAUGCCAUUUUAAACUGCUCUAUAAUGCUUUUUAAUUCAGACUGCAAACCACUAUCACACCACUGUAGUGGCCUCUGUAGUGUGGUUUGCUCUAUAAUGUUUAUAUAUGAUCCACACAGUCAUUCUGACUUUUGAAAUGCAAUGCAGAUUAUAUUAAAUUAUAUAUUAUAUAUAAAUGCAGGGGGCAGGUUGACUACUGCUAUGCCAUUUUAAAAGCACUCUAUAACAAUCUAUGACAUUCAUAUGGUCCAUGCAGUCAUUCUGAAACAUUUCUGGAUAUCUAUAAUCUUUAUAUGGUGCAUUCUAACAGAAUGCAGUACACUACUGGGGCAAUAUGGCUUCUGUUGUUUCACCGUUAAAAUAAUGAUUUGCAACUUGCACAGACUAGGAAGAAAACAAAGAAAACAUACAGGUUUGAUUAGUCUUUAAAGCAAAUAGAUUAAUAAAUGAUAUUCAAAACAACUACUGGUUGCAGCCCUAACAUAUACUCCUCCACUGCCCAGGCUGUGAUUUAUUUUGCUUCUGGUUGGCCAUAGCUGGGGGUUGUAGUUUUUCGAAAGGACUUGCAGAAAACUACAACACAGACUGUAUUGGCCUAUUUCAGCUGGACUCUGGGCUGUGUGUGUGUGUGUGUGUGUCAAUGAUUGGCACCUCCAGGCCUUUGCGGUGAGAAUAAGCUCCUCAGCCUGGUAAGCGUGACAUUUCAACCCCAGUGUGGUCCAACACCAUGUAAAUACGACCACCAACAACUCUUUUCCUGAACUUAUAGGAUGCUUAGGCUCCUGGGAGUUGCAGUCCAUAUUUUGGGGGUGCUAAUUGUCCCAGCUGUAGGAUGAUUUUUUUUUUGGCAGCAUAUAGGAGUUUGAGGCAGCUCUGAAAGAUGGAAUAAGCUCUAAACACUUCCAGCACUCUUGAUUGAUCCUUUCCUUCUGCCUGUCAGGAUGGGUAUCAGGACAAGAUCAAGGAAACUGACCAGGUCUGAAGACUGCUCAUAAAUACGACCUUUGGCUCGCGUGAUGUAUUUGAACUUUACCUGAGAAAAAAAAGAGGAAAAAUAGAUGAACAAAAAAUGCUUGGAAUUCAUCUCAGCCCUUAUAAAAUAUAUUUUGAAUAUUUAAUAGUUUUUUCCUAUUGUUUUUGUUUUCCUGAAUGGUUAUUAUGAAAUAUUUUUAUACUGUGGCAGCAUUCAUGUGAUAGCUCAGGGAUGUAAUCCAAGUGUUUCUGUGUAAAAUGAUACUAUUUUUUAUUUUUAAAACAAAAAAAAUACAGGAUGUACUUUGCUGAAAAAGUGUCCGCAGGAAAUAUCCGGAAGUGUAAACCUCAAAGAGGUUGAAGCCUUUAGUGUUUUUACAUGUUAAACAGGCUUUUAUUAUGCAGAGAAGUUGAGUGCCUUAUUUAGAACAUGGGACAUUAAACACCAUACAACUGCUGCUGUUGAAUUAACUCUUAGUUCAUUUAGUUUUAGUAAGUUAAUUCAUCAUUGGUGGUUUUAUUGUUUAUGAAACCAAUAUAAAUGCAAUCAUGUCAAUCAGUGAUUUAUUUAUUGAUUGAUUAGGCUAUGCUGAUGCAAUCCUUUUUUUUUUAAUUUGUUACAGUCCCCUCCAGUCCGUUUUAAAGAUGUUUAAAAAUUUCUGCAUAAAUAAAUGGCGAAGAAAUAAACAUAGACGUUUAGAGUGAUUUGGUGUGAAACACUUGAUUCUAGAGAAACUUACAGGGUCAGAAAUUAUCACACUGACUAUGAGUGCAACACGAUGCACUGACAUGCAUCAGAGAGUUUGUGUAGCUAUUAAAAUGUCUGCAUUUGUGUUGGAGUCAUUUGGACCCUGGAUUUUCAUCACCACCUGUGUAAAGUAGCCCAAUUUCACACCAACUUCUCAAUGCCUUUGUUUAUGGUGAUAAAAUGAUGCUGAAAUUUUGAAACAACUGUGCAAGGUGUUAUGGCCAUGUAGUACAGUGCAGGGUAUACUUCAAUGUGUCUGACAAGUGUAUAUGUAUAUAUUCAUUCCAAAUGAUAUAUUGCUGAUAUAUUACUGAUUUAUUCAAAGAGGAAUGUAUAGCUCUGGAACAAAAUAAGAGAUAUCAUAAAAUUAUGGGUUUCUUUGAUUUUACCAAAUUGAAAACAUCUGGAAUAUAAUCAAGGGGAAAAUGGAUUAUCACAAGCCAUCAAACCAAGCUGAACUGCUUGAAGUUAUGCACCAGGAAUGCCAUAAAGUUUUCCAGCAACAAGAAAUAAAUACAAAGAGUAAAGUAUUGGUUUUACACAAUGGUCUCACUUGUUUCCCUGUGUUUAAAACACAGAUUUUUCCUUGCCUUGUCCGACUUUGCUGUAAUAUUUUCUGUUUCAACCCGAGUGCUGGACACGUUUUUCAUAGAAUUAUAGUGUUCAGGAUAUCUUAGGAUGGUGAAUUUAAAUUCAAGGACCACACAAACUGUGUUUUUGUACUCUACCUGCUCUGCUUCCCUGCAUUAACCCAGCUUUACCCUAAUCCCUGUGCUUGGAAUAAACUUCAGACUGAACUCUA